AUGGAGUACUGCUAUAACCCUUACUACAUCUAUUUUGAGUCCGAUCACCUUGAAAUCGAUUCAGUCGCAUCAAAUCGGAUGACGUCACUGCCUGUUCUUUCUGAGGAUGAAGUGAACAGUGUUCUCGAAGAAUUUCCAGCACUCCCGCAAGAUCAACCGCAUCAGCUGUCAGUGCAAAACCCUGGAUUUGAAAAUAUACCACUGUUCCCACAAGAUUCAUACUUGAUACCCCAGCAAAGUUUCCAUCAUCUGUCACAACAGUCACUGCAAUCUUGCGAAGCGACACCACAAACCAUGCCAAGCCAAGUGCCAUUGCAACAUCAGACAACACAAGAAAUGGGACAACAAUACUCGAACCAAUCUUCAUAUCUACUGUCAAACCAAAGUUCAAUGAAUACCACUCCUCUAGCACAAUGUCAGCUACACAUUUUUCAACAACUACCAGAUCAAUCUCAACCAAUAACAGCAACGUCAAAGCAACAAGAAACAUGCAACCUGCAACACCCUCGAGUUUCUUCGUCUUAUUCACCUGCAGAAAAAUGCCAAGUAACACAACAAGUAUUCCAUAAAUACGCCAAGUACCCAGAAGCUGUAACAUUUGCUUUAAAGAAUAAUAUUGAAGAAUACCCCAGAAUGGGAAUAGCCCAAAAACGGAAAUUUUAUAAAGAGCUAGGUUUAACACCAAAACAAGUAAUUCAGUGGUAUGGUAAUUCUAAGCGGAAGUUUUCUAAGAAGAUUGUAAAAAAGGCCUCUGAUAUGACACAAGAGAACAGCUUACAUACGACUUCAUUUGAAGUUCCCACCAAUGUUUUGACAAGAUUUGGUAACAUGCAGCAUCUCAAUGAAAUGUCAGCAGGAUUGACGCAGCAUAAUACACAACAAGCUUAUCACUGGCCGAUGAUAACAACUCCAGAUUUUCUACCAGCGGCUUCUCAAGAUGUUUUUUGCGGAGCUUAUGAUUCUCAAUCUUACAAAGCAGCACAAACCAAUUCUCAAACUCCGAUCAAACCAAAACAGAAAAGAACAGUGUUCACUAAAACACAAUUAUCUGUGUUGGAAGCAAGAUUCCAGAAAAAUAACUAUAUUUCGUUUGAGGAAAAACAUAUUCUAGCCGAGGAACUGAAAAUUAAUCCUAAAAAUGUCAUGACUUGGUUCAAGAACCAAAGAAGUUUACAAAGAAACAAGAAAUUUGGAGCAGCAUGCCGUCUCCCACCUACCACCUGCUCAUUGUUCCCAGAUACAGACUCCUCCUUAUUCUGCUCCAUCCGAUCAUCUGCCUGCUCACUGGAACUCGCAACCGUCGUUUAUAUUCCCUGUUAUUUAUCUUCUGAUCAAUUCUUGAUACUACAAUCCAAGUUUUUACUACCCGUCCAUCGGCUAUCAAAGUUUAAAGACAUGGAGUACUGCUAUGACCCUUGCAACAUCUAUUUUGAGUCCGAUUCCCUUGAAAUCGAUUCAGGCGCAUCUAAUCGGAUAAUGUCUCUGCCUGUUCUUUCUGAGGAUGAAGUGAAAGGUAUUCUCGAAGAAUUUCCAGCACUCCCGCAAGAUCAACCACAUCAGCUGUCAGUGCAAAACCCUGGAUUUGAAAAUAUACCACUGAUUCAAAAAGAUUCAUACUUGACACCCCAGCAAAGUUACCAACAACCACCACAACAGUCUCUGCAAUCUUGGGAAACGACACCACCAAUCGUGCCAAGUCAAACACCAUUGCAACAUCAGACAAUACAAGGAAUGGAACACCAAUAUUCAAAUCAGUCUUCUUAUCUACUAUCAAAUCAAGGAUCAAUGGAAUCCACUUCACAACCCCUAUAUCAGCGACAAGUUCAUCAACAACUACCACAUCAAUUGCAACCAAUAGCGGCAACGUCAAUGCAACAAGUAGUGAUGGGAGCAGAAAUGUACAACUUGCCACUCCCCCGAGUUUCUUUAUCUUGCUCACCUACAGAAAAAUCAGAAGUGCAAGGUUCCCAUAACGCUUUCAAAUACCCAGAAGCUGUAACAACUGCUUUAAAAAACAACAUUCAGGCAUACAAAAGAAUGAGUUUAAACGAAAAACACAAAUUUUGUGCAGAGCUGGGAUUAACACCAAAACAAGUAACUCAGUGGUAUAGUAAUGCAAAAAGAAGGUUUGCAACAAAGAAUGUUGAACAGGCGUCUGAUAUGGCACAAGAGAACAGCCUACAUACGAUUUCAUUCUUAGUUCCCACCAAUGUUAUGACAAACGUGGGCUAUGACAAACGUGGGCAACAUGCGGAAGCAUUUUUAAAGAAAGUUCAAUAUUCCCAACAACCAGAACAAUACGGAAGCCAACAAUUAGGAUCACAAAAACCACAAUCAAAUCGGGGAACGCCACAUCAAACUGAACAUCUCAGAGCACCAUGCUACCAAUACAGCUCUCCUCACCAACUGGCACACUAUCAAAAUGCUCCUGAAAUUUACAAACAGCGUCUGCCAAAUCAUUCUGGACAAUUGCGAUUCCGACUUCCGAAUCAUUCCGUUUGGUCACAACCACAGCAAUUCCAACAACAAAUAACUCAAUCACCUCAUGCUUGGGCAACUUUACCGAAUCCUGAUUUUGUGAUCUCGCCACAACAACCACCUUCUGAAAAUUCAGAAAUCCCAACAGCACAUUUCACGGAAAACAGUUCUGCGAAUAGCUGGCCGCCCGCAACACAAACUUUGGAAGCAACGGCUCAAACGAUAACUGAAACAUGCACAGCCGAUACAAGAUGUGGGAAAAGAAAACACUUCACAGCGUAUCAACUUUCUGAAUUGUGCAAAAGAUUUUCAAAAGGAGAUAGAAUCGUUCGCGAAGAAAAAUUAGAGUUGGCUGUGAAGAUUGGAGUAUCUCCAUCUCAAAUUGCUAUUUGGUUCAAAAACAGAAGGAAUGAGAUAAGGAAAAAAACUCACAAUUUUCAACAGUCACGGAAUCAAGUGAAACAAGUUUCGGAACCGACACAGCAAAUUGCUCCAAGUAGAAUGUCAGCGGAUGAGCAGAUUACACAGGGAAUGGAAGAAUGUUUGAAGUUGGUUCAAGACUCCCAACUCCCAGGGCAAAGUCAACAACAAGAACCAACACCAAAUUGGGAAGCGCCACAGCAAACUGCACAUUUCACUUCUAUGCAAACUUCCAAAUUUCUAACAGCCCCAUGCUACCCAAACAGCUCUCCUCACCAAAUUGCACAAUAUCAAGUGGCUGCUGAAAUAUACAAUAGGCCAUCGCCAAACAAUUCUGGAAAAUUGAAAUUCCGACUUCCGAAUCAAUCGGUUUUGCCGCACCCACAGCAAUACCAACAACAAAAACCUCAAUCAUCUUUUGCUGGGGCAACUUUACCGCAAGCUUAUCAUUUUCCGGAGACAAGAAUUCCAGAAGUUCAGCCAGUGGAUUCUCAAGAUGUUUUCUGCGGAGCUUAUGCUGAUCAGUCUUACAUAACUGCACAGACCGACUUUCAACCUACGACUGAACAGAAACGGAAAAGAACAACGUUGACUAGUGCUCAAUUAUCUGUGUUGGAAGCAAGAUUCCAGAAAGAUAACUAUACAUCAGCAAAAGAAAGAAAUAACUUAGCUGCAGAAUUGAAAUUGAAUCCUAUGAAAAUCAAGACUUGGUUCAAGAACCGAAGACUUUCACAAAAAACAGAGUUCGCCAACAAUCAAAAAAAGAAGAACGUCGUCCGGGAGUUGUUAGCAACCAUCUACUCGCAAUGA